AUGUGGGCGACGGACGGCGUGGCGAGCGCCAUUCAGCAAUGCCAGGCACGCAAAAGCGUGCUGCUCAUCCUGGUUGAGCCUCCGACGCGCGUCAUGCAUCCGACGUCUGCCUCCGAAUCGAGCGCCGACCUUCUCUCGCGCCUGGCAACCUCCUCCAUGCACACCCUCACCUUCUCGAACCCUUCCAUCGCCGCCCUGACUCGCCUUUCCAACGCCGUCUGCCUGCGCUUCCCCAGCGACGACGCCAACCCCAAUUUCACCGCCUUCUCCGUCUACUUCAAGCUCCACGCCAACCCGCCCAACCUCUACUUCAUCGCCCCGCUCACGGGCGAGACCCUCCUGCACAACUCCGGCUUUGUGUCCCCGCAAGCCUUCGCCCACGCCCUCGUCGCCGCCACGAAAACAGUGUCCGGCACCGUCCUUACUGUCCCGGAAAUACCCCGCUCAGAGCCAGAGCGGGCUGACAAGGCCGCUGACAAGGCCGUUUUUGCUGCGUAUCAGGAGGAGGAGGAUACACAUGCGGAAUGUCACACGGGAGUAGCAAGUCCUUCUCUGCCGAAGACAGAGGAGCGAGCGUCUGCGGCAACCCCCGACUCCCCCACAUUCUCUCGCCAAUCGUCCGGUGCCCCAUCGCUACAAUCCGAACCUGUCUCAGCCUCGCUCCCUUCACAAUCAAAGUCCAUGAAGCUUUCCCGUCCGAGCGCGACCCACCCACGCGAAGCCAAACUCCUCGCGCGACUCCCCAGCGGAGCCCAGGCCAAGAAGACCUUCCCAGCAACUACAAACUUCUCAGCGGUGCGGUCGUGGCUAUCCGAGGAAACCCAGUGCGCCCCGGCCUCACUGCUAGUCUCAACGGCGUUCCCGCGGCGGGUUUUCGAUCUAGCCCAAGAUCCCAAAAUGCUUGAGGAGCUCGAUCUAGUCCCGUCCGAAACUCUCAUCGUUGCGCUUGAACGAAACAGGAGCAACGCAGGCCUGUCCGCGAGGAGCAGCGCGUGGCAGGCGUCCGGAAUCAGGUCUUAUGCGGCAGGCGCGCUCGGAGUCCUUGGAGGAUUUUUUCGCUCUUUCACGGCAGACAAUCCUGCGCGCCAAGAAAUUCCGGACGAUCAAAAUGCGGCGGCCGGACAGAUGCCUUCCGCCCUUCAGAUGAACCGUCCGCGGCCUACCCGACGCCAAUUUGAUGAUGACGAGAAUCUCCUUUCGAACGGGAACAGUACGCAGUACGGUUGGAACCCGAGGGAUGGAGAAGAACCGGAAAGUUGA